AUUCCUGAAAAGUACGCAAAGGAAAUAAGCGCAAAGAUAGAGACGGAGUACAAGAGAAAUCAUUUAGGAACUGUCGAAUUUGAUGACGUUGAGUCGAAAUAUAAAAUAGAUUUCAAAACCAUGACAGAGACAUGUUUGACUUCAAGCGAAGAUCCAAUGAAAGUUUUCAGACGCCCGUGUGAAGCAUUUCCACUCCCUUCAAAUUGGGAAUAUCAGCCAAUAGAUGGUUCCACUGGGCAGGAACUUCAAGUGUUUCGAUUCAAUAUUGCAAAUAAAGACACAGAAUACAACCAACUCCACGACAUGUUUCAAGCAUCGCUCUCACUAGGGGCAAACAUACGUAAAACGGAGGUUGUAAAGAUUGAAAGAAUUCAAAAUCCAGGAUUGUAUCAAUUGUACCAGGCGAAAAAGCAGAAAAUGAGCAAUGGUGGAAAUGAAAUGUCGCUGUAUCAUGGAACAACAAAAGACGCUGUGGAAAGAAUUAACUGCACUGGUUUUAACAGAUAUUGUUCUGGAAAAUUUAACGCUUUAAAGUUUGGAAAUGGUGUGUGUUUUUCCAACAAAGCUUGGUACUUCUGCAGAAGGCAAUAUGCUGUUCCUGAUAACGAGAGCCUUCAGUAUAUGUAUAUAGCCAAGGUCUUGGUCGGUAAAUACACAAAAGGAAAAGAAGGUCUGAUUGCCCCACCACAAAUUGACGCUAGCAAUCCAAAUUUCAGUUACGACUCUGUUGUUGACAAUGUCAGAAAUCCACUGAUCCACGUUGUUUUUUACGACUAUCAGCACUACCCUGAGUACUUAAUUACAUUUAAGGAAAAACCAAGGAAUGAGUUACCGCAACACUGCAGAGUCUCGUAUACCAAGCCAGCGCAUGCGGAGAUGUCUCAAGAAAAUAUAAACUCCAGCGUUCCUCUUAAAUCUCCUUCGCAACCUGGGCCGUCCAGCGGGGCUAAAGCUCCCAGAUUCCCGCGGUUAUGCGGAGCACAUAGCCCUCCUGGCCCAAACGAAAGUAACACCUGGUUUAAAGACACUUUUCUUAAUUCAAAACGCAAGCUAAAAAAAGAAAUUCACGAAGCUUUAAGGAGUUUCCCGUGGUUGUGUGGAGCAUAUGGCCUUUCUGGCCCAAACGAGAAGAUUUGUCGCCCACAUAUUUACCUCACAAUUAAAAGAGGAAUGAAAAAAUCCGAUGUACGACGCGACCUUGAAGAAAAAUUCAAUGUUGACGCAAAGCAAUAUUUUGAGCUUCUGCAAGAGCCUAAAGAAAAUCCGAAUAUCAAAUUCUUGGUUCGGGAUCAAAAUACUUCGAGUGUUGGAGUCGAAACUUCAUCGUCCGCUACACCAGUCCUUCCAGCACCAGGUGGUGGUGUAUUAGCUUGCAGUGGACAAAGUAAUCAUAACCCAUGUCAUGUACCUGAAGGCGAGAGAGACUUACCUGAUGUGGAAGGAACAGGAACGCUAACUAUGUUUUGUUGCAAAAACGGACAGCAUUACGCACUUACUUGCUUUCACGUUGCUUGUGCAUCUGAUGAAGCUCGUUUGAAUGCUGCAAUCAAUAAAGCAGAAGGUAUCCAACAAAUGCGCAGCAAACUGGCAUAUUUGCAAGCUCAAGCCGUAAAAAAAGAAUACUUUUUUACCGAAAGCAAAGGAGAAACCAACAACGAGGCCAUUUCGUUUGGGGAUGAUGGGAGCAACUACUUGCGACUUGGUGACUUUGAAAACGCGCAUUUUAAUACAGAAUGUGAUAUAUUGUCCCUAAAGAUUCCGAAUGACGUUCAACUUUUUUGUACAAUUUCGGGUGUAACCUCACCGGAUUGGGAUACGAUUGAUGACGAACUGUAUGAGCGAGUUAUUGAAAAGAAAACGAGUCCAGUUCAUGUAGAAAAAAACGGUUUUUCUUCAGCCUUAACGAAAGGAUAUAUCGUUCCUUAUGAUUUCAGCUACAGCAUAGGACAGGAACCGCUUUUUGAGGAUGGAUUUGUUGUCGAAGGAUACGGUGGUGCUCCUUUCCUGAAAAACGGUGAUUCAGGUUCUCUUGUGUUCUUUCGUGAUGAAAAAAAUGCGAAGCAAGUAUUUGCUUAUGGUGUUUGCGAAGUGAGUGCUGACUUAUUACCAAAGAAAGGUUUCGCCUUCCCAUCGCAAGAACUUGCUUCAAAAAAACAGGCGGAAGAAACAAGUUUCAGCCAACAACAGGAAGAGGUGUGUUCCGAACAACUCAACCCAGCAGUCACGACAUCGCGGGAGCAUGCCGUUUCAAAACAGCACAUCACAGUACCCUCGACAUCACUGGAACAAGCCUCGCCGAGGCAUAACGGAACAAAGAUUUCUACCGCGCCCGAUCAUACCUCCCAAGAACAAACAAUUAGUUCCAGUGAUUGUGAAAGCGGCAGCAGUAGCCCUUGGAGUGAAGACAGCGAUGACGGAGGAAUUGUGUUCCAAGAGGAGAAAAAUGGGUUAUAUAUCUGUUUACCAUUAUACACUGCAUUGGAGAAACUUGAGCUUUUAGAAGCAGCGUGUUUUAAAGAUUGUGCUAAUAGCCGGUAAUAAUAGGAGCUCCUAACUUCAGAGAUUAUUGAAAAUAUAACGAGUCAAAUAUACAGCUUCUUUCAAACUUCAGGUGUUUUAAAAACAACUCACAUUGUUGUGCUCGACCUAUAUACGUAGCUUUUAAAAAUAAAGCAAAUAGCGUUCUUAGUUUCUAGAAGAAAACAAUUUGAAACUUAGGAAAAACGUCGCUCUUUUCAUGCGCCGAACCUAAUGCAAAGGAGCUCAACCAAAGACUUUAGUUCAUUUUCAUUAGGUUCGAAUUCGGUGCAUGAAAAGAGGGACGUUUGACCUAGACCUUAGUUCCUAUUAUAAUUAGAGCACGCCCAAUUCAGCCGUUUAGAGAGCCGUAGCUCCCAACACUUCGGAGAUAGGCAAACAAUUGGGCUAACGAGAUUUGUCUUGAGUAAAAUGUGUGAAUUGAUGGAUAAUAGCGGUAAUGACGUCAUAUUUCUGAGAAUUGGUUAAUAUAUGUGGCACGUUUCUUCUCUUUUAGCAAAAAUCUCCUUCCAAAAGUCCAAAACCUUAAAUCAUUGUAUAUUUAUCUAUUUUAUUGCCCACAGGUUAGAAUAAUAAUAAGGUAUACAUGUCCAUAUGUUAGUCUAGUUUAAUACAUUGUUAUUUUUUUAUCAAAUAUUGCGCACUU